AGAGGCGGGGGGAGAGAGAGAGAGAGGAGGGGAGUGUUGUCUAAACACUUUCUUACCGUAAGAGGGAGUUGGGACCCGGAGCUUUCCAGUUAAUCACACAACAAAACUUGGCUCAUCGCAAUAAAAAGCAGCAGCUCGGCUCGCUCCGUCUCCUCUCUUGGCCGGCUGGGCAUCUCCUCUUCCCUCCGCUGCGACCGAAGCCCCUCCAGCCCCCAUGUGGACCAGCCAGCUCUUGCCCCUCGGACUCUUCCUUCACUCCAUCAGCAACAUCCCUUGGGCAGAAGGCAAAGGGAAAAGAAAUGCCCUUCAUGACUACAGGAAGACAGCUGAUGCCACGUUAAUGAGAAUAGACAAGGCGCUGAAAGUGAAGACCAAGCUGCUAAAUACUACGGAACAGUGCGCCAAAAGAUGCAACAGGAAUAAAGGACUUCCAUUCUCUUGCAAGGCUUUUGCAUUUGAUAAGGCUUCCAAACGCUGCCAUUGGUUUUCCUUUACUGCCCUAGAAAAUGGAGUGAGGAGCAGGGAAGACAACACAUUUGACCUGUAUGAAAAGAAAGACUAUGUUAGAAAUUGUAUCAUUGGUAAAGGAGCAAAUUAUAAGGGAACCAUAUCAGUCACAAAAAGUGGCAUUCGGUGUCAGGCAUGGAAUUCCACAAUACCUCAUGAACACAGCUUUUUGCCUUCGAGCUAUCGAGGUAAAGAUCUACGUGAAAACUACUGCCGCAAUCCCCGGGGAGAGGAAGGCGGACCCUGGUGCUUUACAAGCAGCCCAACGAAGCGUCAUGAGCCCUGUGACAUUCCCCUCUGCUCAGAAGCUGAAUGCAUGACAUGCCAUGGCGAAAGCUAUAGAGGCCCCAUGGACCACACAGAAACAGGCAAGGAAUGUCAACGCUGGGACCUUCAGAGACCACACAGGCACCCAUUUCGUCCAGAGAAAUAUCCUGACAAAGGCCUUGAUGAUAAUUACUGCCGCAAUCCAGAUAAUAAGCCGAGGCCGUGGUGCUAUACUCUUGACCCAAACACCCCCUGGGAGUUUUGCACAAUUAAAACGUGUGCUCAGAAUGUUGUGGACAGCUCUUCAGCAGCAGCUGAGACGAGAGAAUGCAUCAGAGGUCAAGGAGACGGGUACCGUGGAACUAUAAGCACCACAUGGAGUGGCAUUGAAUGUCAGCCUUGGGACUCUCAGACUCCUCAUCAACACAACUUCACAUCGCAGAACUAUAAAUGCAAGGACUUAAGAGAAAACUACUGCCGCAAUCCAGAUGGAGCUGAGGCACCGUGGUGUUUUACUACCGACCCAAAAACCCGCACUGGCUUUUGCUUUCAAAUACCAAAAUGUGAUGCACCAAGUGAGCAAGAUUGCUAUCGAGGGAAUGGGACGAAUUAUAUGGGAAAUAUGGCCCAGACCCGCUUUGGCUUAACUUGCUCUAUGUGGGAUAAAAACAUUCAAGACUUACAAAGGCAUCUACCAAUAUAUAAAGAGCCAGAUAUUAGCAAGUUGAAGAAAAAUUAUUGUCGUAAUCCAGAUGAUGAUGUUCAUGGUCCUUGGUGCUAUACAAGUGAUCCUCAGAUCCCCUGGGACUACUGCCCUAUAUCUAGAUGUGAAGAUGAUGCCGUUCCUACAAUGGGCAGUUUAGACCCUGCUGUUAUCCCUUGUGCCUCAACAAAACACCUGAGAGUUGUUAAUGGAAUCCCAACUCAACCUGACAAAGGAUGGAUGGUUAGUUUGAAGGACAGCAGAGGCAGGCAUUUCUGUGGAGGUUCAUUAAUAAAGGAAGACUGGGUCCUGACAGCAAAACAAUGUUUUCCUUCUCGGUAUAAUCUCAAAGACUAUCAAGCAUGGCUUGGAAUUCAUAAUGUUGAAAGAGCACAUGAAGAGAAGCAUAAGCAAGUUCUGAAUAUCUCCCAGCUGGUAUAUGGUCCCAAAGGAUCAGAAUUGGUAUUGCUGAAACUUUCCAGGCCGGCAGUAAGCAGUGAUGCUGUGGCUAUCAUCAGGCUGCCCAUUUCUGGAUGCACUAUUCCGGAAGGCACCACUUGCACGGUUUAUGGAUGGGGACAUACAGGAAAUGCACCCUUUGAUGGGAGACUUCGAGAAGCAAAUAUGAUCAUCAUGGGAAAUGAGCGCUGCAGUCAAGAUUCUGGAACAAAUAUAGUUGUGAAAGAGUCAGAAAUGUGUGCUAAGGCUGAGAGCAUUGGCAGUGGAACUUGUGAGCGGGAUUAUGGUGGUCCAUUGGUCUGCGAGCAAAACAGAAGUAAAUUAGUAAUGGGAGUGAUCAUUCCUGGGCGUGGAUGUGCAAAUCUCAGGCGACCUGGGAUUUUUGUCAGGGUGGCCUACUACACCCGAUGGAUACAUAAAAUCUUAAUGACGUUCAAAUCAUAGCUGAACAUUCCAGCCAAGAAAGCAAAUUCCAGUUGUUGGAACAUUUUGGGAAGGAAUGAAAUCAAAGUGUAAUUGAAAGUUCUUUGAUUCUUUAAACAAACAGCAACCAUCACGUACUGCUUGAUAGUCAAGUUUUGCUGAUAUUUAUGGAUAUUUCUGUCAUGUUGUGUCUGUCGGUGCGUUAUAUGAACUGUAGUUUAAGCAAGUAUGGUGACCUAUUUCCUGAUAAUACUUGAAUGGGAAAGCAGAAUUUCAAAAUGUGAGUGCUGGAUGAAGAUGGGUUCUGUGGAAUUAGAAUGCCCAAUUUCUUAUAUGCUGCUGGUUACGUCAGCUGGUUGAUGAGACAUGAAGAUAAUUUGAAAUUUACAAUAUUUUUCCAUACUUAUGUAAGCCUCUUAAUACUUCUUUAGGACAAUGAUAAAUGCAUGCAUCAGCCAGAAUUGAUUCUUUCUCCUACUAAAAGCAAAAUGGAAUUAUAUUUCAAUCCCCUUUGUAAACAGUUGCUUGGAUUUAUAACCCAGUUUAGUUCCAUAAGCUACAAUAUCUGAUUUUGGAGGGAAUCACUUGCACAAACUGUUUAUGGGAUUUCACUGUAUGUUCUCAGUUUUACACUCUUAAAAAAGAAAAGAAAAACCCUAAAUUAAUAGGGAUGCCUAGAAGAUGUUUGAUAACAAUUUAUAAGCCAUUAUUACUAUUGUAUUUUUGAACUAAUUAGGUUUUCUAUACAUAUUUGCAAUAAUCUAGAGGGGUCAAUGAAUGGGUUCCAACAAGCAAAAAGCAGUGUAUUUUCUCUCAGUGGGUGGGCAGGGAUCCACUAAUUGUUUGUGCCUAGUGGAGCUCUUGAUGUGCUCCUUGAGUAAUAUCUACCAUACUAUGUAGAAAGUCACUUUGGAUCCUAGAGGUCUUUCAAAAAGCAAUUUGUGCUGAGGUGGGGAGUUUUGUAUUCAAAGGAAAGAGGGAGACACAAAUCCUAGUAGGUCUGCCCAGUACAAGCUCCUAAUACACCAGCCAUGUUAUUUGGGGGGCACACCUUGCUCCCAGUGGUCUUACUCUGCAUCAUAAUGGCUUAUUGAGAUGAAACUACAUGUUUCGCCUCUGCCUCAUGUCUUUAAAGGUUAGACACUGCUUCUCCAUUGCAGUGUAUGGCUCUGUUAUUAGCAGCAGGAAAAAACCUGAAGGUUGUGUAACCUUCCGAACAAUAUCUCUCAAAGGUUCCUCUCCCACAACCGUAAUAGACAGAUGAGCCCUAAUUGCCCAUUGAAAAAUGUCUCUUACCUCAGGGAUACUAGCUGUUCAAGUGAAACUGAGGAGGUGAUCGACUCCUCAUUCCCUUUACUGUUCUUUGUCACCUAGCUAGCAUAUCAAUAACUGAUAUUGCCAAGCAAAUGAGUGACCUACCACAUCCCAAAAACCCAGUUCCUAUUGUUCAAGGCAUAGCUUGCGGGGUGUGGUUGUGAUUCCACUACCAGCCCAACCCCACACUUGGCACAUAAAAAAUAACUAAGAAUGCAGUUUGUCCCUUUGUGUGGCUUGAUAAUGAAAAAUAUUAAGAAUUAACAGGAUGGUAAGAAAAGCAACCACUUAUUAUAAUGCUAUAAUCUAUAAUAUAAUGAUGUUAUUAAAAAAAUAAGUGCACCAGACUUGCAUUUUAACACUCACACAAUACAAGUAAUACCCAUUUUUCUUACAUAAAUAAAUAAAUAAAUAUCAUAGGUUCACAGUGAGGUGUAAGACAAUGACAUCACUUUCUGUGUGUGCACAGAAAGCGACGGGUUAAAGGCUAACAUAAUCACCUCAACAGUGAAUCAAUGAGACAGAAGUUAAAAUGAAUGCACAUUUCAGUAGGAUCCAAUUAGCAGACAGUUAAGAUCAAGUGUUGGUGAUGACAGUAGCUGACUAAAUCUUUCAGAACAAAUAUCAUAUUCGAAAAACUCUUUAAAAAUAAUUGGGAAAAUCCACAGAUAGUCAUUGCAAGCAAGACUGCUUCAUAAAGAGAGUACAGUGGUGCCCCGCAAGACGAAUGCCUCGCAAGACGGAAAACCCGCUAGACGAAAGGGUUUUCCGUUUUGGAGGUGCUUCACA